UUGCUCUUUGUUCAUCACUUCAAUUUCAGCAACUUCUUCAUUCAUCACUUGUGAGUUUACCUGCACCAAAGCACAAAGAAGAAAAAAGAACACUUCUUGCAAACUAUUGUAGAGAAGAUGAAGAUGAGCAGCACAAACAUGGGAAGCUCCAAGAGAAGAAUUUCAAGCAGAGGACUAGGAGGGGUCCUAAGAGAGCAAAGGGCUAGGCUUUACAUAAUCAGAAGAUGUGUGGUCAUGCAGCUUUGCUGGCAUGAAUGAAGAGUAUCUUUCUAGUUCUAUCUAGCCUUCAAUAAGAAGGGAUGCUUGUUUCUUUCUUCUUCUUCUUCUUUGAUCAUCUUGGGGAGUGUAAAUAGCAAAGGCCGAGAUUAGUGAGAAAGAAGUUAACAAUUUUGUACUAAUUAUUAAUUGGCUUUAUGAGCCCUCGUGUGUAUACAGUCGGAUAGCUUAAUGGAUUGAAAAAAUCAUCUUUAUCAAUUCAUUGAGUCUUAGUAAUUCUUUUCAUUUCCAUUCA